UCAGUCAGUUCGUAAACUUGAAGCCGUGCGGAGAUACUUUGAGGCAACGCGUCAUCGUCGUCGUCGUCGUCCUAGAUUGCCAAUUGCUCUCGAAGUGAAAACAAAACCACAAGAAAAAUAGAGAAAUUAAAUGGAAAAUAAACUUUGAAAGUUGGAAUUGCAUUGCGAACAGAAAAUGUGAAGGAUGCGCUAACGUGAUUAUUAAAAUAAAUGCUAAUAUUACGCAUACGCAGUGUGUGACGGCGUCUGUGUGAAGACAAAAAAGACAGACAUAGAGAUAAAGAAGAAGCUUUAAAUACGUAGUGAGAGAGAGCCUUAAGUAAACAGAGUUUUUGUGCAGUGGCCAAAUGAAGUUAAAUAGAAGCUGAGCCGAGAUAUGAAGUCGCCGGACAAACUGAUUAAUUGAGCGCGGAACUUCCGUUUCCGCUGUGCGUUUGUGUGCUUAUAGUAUGUGUCUGUGUGUCAGAGUGUGCUUAACGCUGAGCUAAAAUAGGCAACGGAGAGCGUAUCCUUUGAACUUGCCUGCAUGGCUUUGCAACUGUUUUUAUGCUAUACUCGUGUUCGUAUUCGUAUUCGUCGUAUAUGAAGACAACAACAACAACUCCAGCGACAAUAACAUCAACCACAACACCAAUAAAAACAACAACGACAAUAACAACAUAGUGCAACGCGUGCAACGACAUAUCAAUUAAUUUUAUUCAAACAAAAUUUCCGAAAACAAGUAACAAACGAAAAAAAAAAGGAAAAGCAAAAACAUGGAUUACGGCUGCCUGCUGUUCCUCUUCUGUUGCUCUUUAAUUGAUAUGCAGAGCAUUUCGGCGCUACUAGUUACGGAUAUCAGUGUGCCGGAAAUCGUUGAUUUCAGAGAUAAUGUUACGCUCUCCUGCAGCUACGAUAUGAAGGGACACACAUUGAACUCGGUUAAAUGGUACAAGGAUCGCUUGGAGUUUUUCAGAUACACACCGUUAAUGCGACCGGUUUAUCUCACAUUUCCCGUGGCUGGCAUUCAAGUGCUCGAUGGCAAGUACUUUUGCAACGAGUCCACAUGCCGUGUGGAUCUCAGUCUGCUCGGAGCUAAGUCGACGGGCACCUUCAAGUGCGAGGUGAGUGGCGAUGCGCCGCACUUUAAGCUGGCAGCGAGGGAGGACAACAUGACAGUGGCAGCCUUGCCACAAAGCGACCCUCUAAUCGAGAGCUUCAACUCCAUGUAUCGCAUGGAGGAGUUUCUCAGUGCCACCUGCUCAUCGGACUACUCGAGUUUACCCACAAAGCUCUCUUGGUACAUCAAUGGCGAGCAGCCAAUGCUUGGGGAACUGCAGCCGAGCAUUGAUACGAGCAUACCAGCCCACGAUUAUAUAUUGCGUCGACAGCGACUCCAGGUGCAUUUCUAUCUGCAGGGACAACGCUUCUACCAGACCGAUAAUAUACUGCGGCUUAAGUGCGUGGCGGAAAUUGAGAACUAUCCGGAACUGCGUCGCGAGAUGACGCUUAGUGCGGCCCUCACGCCAUUCGAUAAUUUGAAUAAUCUGAUGCUGAAGCAUUCCAUAAGCGCUGCAAGUGCACAAAGGAGCUGCCAUUUAACAGGGACAUGUCUAAUAUCCGGUUUCUUUGCGUUAAUUCUGCUCACAAAAUGCUUGCAACGCCAAUCAUGAGCAUCCACAACAGCCAUGGAAAUGCCACAGCUCGGGUCUCAAUCUCAAUCUCAGUCUCAGCAGGCGGCAACCGCAAUGAGAGCGGCAACUUUGGCAAAUAUAUCAACACAUUAGUUAGUUAGUUAGGUUAAGCAUGGUGGAAGCUGGCUAAUGGUAAGACAACGGGUUGCCAAUGGCAAGGAGGAGGUGGAAGGGGCGGGUUUAAGUUGUCACUUGUAAAUAGUUAUGGUAAAGACGGUGCAGCAAUGGAGAAGCAGAUACUAUGAUUUCAUUUCGAAAGUGCGCUCAACGUGCACAAGAAAUACAAAUAUAAUAUAUAUAUAAUUCUAAUUAUACUAAGUGAAUAUUAGGGAUUAAGACGGAACUGGCAAUGAAGUCCCCUUUAGGCAUUUUUGGUUGCAAACGCAAUUCAUUCAUCUUUGUUGAAUCGUAUUCGUAUACAGGGUUAUGCCAGAAAUGAUUAAAAGAGUACUAAGUAAAUUAACAAUUAAAUUAAAUUUGUUUUUAUGCAUACUUAUAUAAAGUUUAUUAAAGAUAUUAUUUAAAUCCACAAAACUGCAUUAUAAUCGAUUUAAUUUGUUAUUGUUGAUAAGCUGCAUUUGUUAGAUUUUUAUAUGCUUAACACUUAAAGCUAUGGAUAUACAAAAUGUGGGCAUUGUCGAGCAUUUGCUUCUCAGGGAAGCCAAAUAAAUUGAUUGCAUGUCCUUAAUUCAAUUAUGAAAUCAAACACACAUAAAUGCAAAUACUCGUACAGAAUAAUAAGUAAUACAAAUACAAUUAAACUGCACUCGAUAACAAGCAAGCAAGUGAUGAUGAUGAUGGGAUGCUUAAGGUGGGUUCAACUUAACUUGCUUGUUAAUCUAGCCAUGAUAAGCCAACACUCAAGCAAACACGAAUUUUUAAUGUACAUGUAAACAUUUUCAAAAUUAAAUAAUAACACACAUUUUUGCGCACAUGAAACCCUUUUCGCAACUAAAAACCACUAAAGAAAACCAAAAAAAAAAAAAGUACGACAUCAAAUGUUAUCUGUGGAAUAUGCAAAUGUUGUAAAAAACAAAUAUGGAUAUAGAGAAGCGAUAUGUAAAGAUUAGUUACCAUAGAAAGCUGUAAAUAAAAUUUUAAAAAUUAUAAAGAAAGAAAAAAUCAUAAAUAUAACGCUACAGAAACCAUGUAACAUCAGCAUCAAUGAAAACAUGAGUCGAACAUCCAAUGUACGUACUUUAAUUUUAUAUGUUCAACAGACAGAAUGCUCAUAUUCAGCAACACCAACGAGUUGAGUUGAGUUACUAACUAAAUAUGCGGAAAGCAUUUCAUAUUUAAUGAGCAACUAGGAAUAAAAGCCGAAAAAAAUGCAAAAAUCAAUAAAAAUACAAAAAAUUGCAUUAACUGCCAAACAGAAGAGGAAAUUAAACCAACAAAACGAAUUCACAUCACAUUAAAAUGAAACUGAAAAUAAAAAAAAAAA